AAGAAAACGCCAAGUCAAGUCGCCAAAUCAAAUCAAUUAUGGAAUUAUUGUUCCCAUUAAACCUAUCAUUAUUGUCAAAAAUUCCCUGAUUGUAAGGAAGCUUAGUGGUGGUGAUUUAUCAAUUAUUGUUUGAACAAGGCUUUUAUUGAUCUCCAAACGUUGACGCUUCUAGUAAACGUAAACAAGACCUUUACUGUUUUGUUGAGUUGAACAGUUGAACAUUGAUAGUUUAGUUUAGGUUUUGGAUUAGACAACCUAGUUUUUCUGUUGUCGAUGAUUGGCAAGAAUAAGAUGGCAAAAAAAAGACGCUUGUUGGGAACCCCGAGUCCUAGUUCUUCUAAAGCUAGAUUUGAUAGUCGCAGCAGUGGUGAUGACGUGACAGUAGCAAGAGCUCAUUUGAAGGAAACACUCCAUGACAUCCUUCAUGCUGACGAUGACUCCAGCUCAAGCCAAGAUGAUAAUACUGCAAAAGCUCAAGCUGUGCCUAUCAAAAAAGAACCAAAGCCACUGGUUCGUCGUAGAAAGCGCAAGUCCGGUGCGGAUGUGGAGUUGGCCUUCCAUCACCACACGUUCGUCAUGAAGCUGUUUGAUCGCAGCGUGGACCUCGCACAGUUCAAGGAGGACACUCCUCUGUAUCCCAUCUGUCGAGCGUGGAUUAGAAACCAGCCACGAAUACCACUUCCUAUUCCCACGAUAGAGAGUACAGAGAUCAAGAGGGAGGAGGAGUUUAACAAUUAUCAACUGGAGCUGCAGGGACUGAGAGAUGUGCACAAGUUCCCCGCCCCGUCGUGCCCCGCCUGGCUGGACAGAAUACCUACUGUCAACAUACCACCUCUCCAAGGAGUCAACCUUGACUAUAGUUCAGAUGAUCUUCCAACUGCUGAAGAGUUAUUGAAAGGGCAUCUGUCAAGGUGGGGUAACGUCCGUAAAAAAUGGAUAGAAGCCGCUCAACUCAAUGAGGCCAGGUUUGCAACAAGUGCAAAAAUACUUUCAAAUAUGUUCAAAAGAUCUCAGAAUCUAUAAGGAAAAUACGGAAAACUUCCAGAAGAUGAUUAGUGAUUUAGCAUGAUUUGUAUGAUGAGUGUUUUACUGGAAACUUACAAUGUUUAUAUAUCUAUG